GUAAACAACAAUAAGGAAGUGGAACGAGAAGUCCCGAGGUGCAAAAUGCAACCGUCACGCUAAGUACAUUAGAAGUGAUUUCUACUUUUCAGCGCGCUCCAAUCUGGAUUAUUAUGCACUAGUUAUUCUCUACAGGCGGCGCUAACGAUGGAGGGCUCCAAGUCGUCGAGCACAACCAUGCAGGUCAGUUUCGUGUGUCAGCGGUGUUGUCAGCCCCUCAAAUUGGACACAUCCUUCAAUGUGCUCGAUCGGGUCACAAUACAUGAACUUAUCGCUCCGUUGGUCACAGUGACCCCCAGCAAACAGGCUGACAGCACUGAUGGGGAGACAGCACCAGAGGAGACCUUUGCAGAAAACAAGCAAGAUGGAGUGUCAAGAAAGUACAUCCCUCCUGCACGGAUGAUGUCCACAGAGAGCGCCAACAGCUUCACGCUGAUCGGAGAAGCAUCGGAUGGUGGCACCAUGGAGAAUCUCAGUCGCAGGCUGAAGGUGACUAGUGACCUGUUUGACAUCAUGUCGGGCCAGACUGAUGUGGACCACCCGCUGUGUGAGGAAUGUACCGACACCCUGCUGGACCACCUGGACACGCAGCUCAACAUCACAGAGAACGAGUGCCAGAAUUAUAAGCAGUGUCUGGAGCUGCUGUCACACCUGCAGGUGGAGGAAGAGGAGACUCUGCUGGCAGAGCUACACCAGCUGAAGGAGGAGGAGGAGGCUCUGGUCCAGGAGCUGGAGGCAGUGGAGGAGCAGAGGGCUGCUGUGGCCCAGGACCUGACGCAGAGCAGGGUCCACUCUCAGCAGCUGGACACAGAGGAGCUACAGUACCAGAAGGAGUACAGCGAGUUUAAACGGCAGCAGCUGGAGCUGGAUGAUGAGCUUAAAAGUGUCGACAAUCAGAUGCGCUACUGCCAGAUUCAGCUCGAUCGACUGAAGAAGACCAACGUCUUCAAUGCAACCUUUCACAUCUGGCACAGCGGCCAGUUCGGUACCAUCAACAACUUCCGUCUGGGUCGACUCCCCAGCGUCCCGGUGGAGUGGAAUGAGAUCAACGCAGCCUGGGGGCAGACGGUGCUGCUGCUGCAUGCUCUCGCCAACAAAAUGGGGCUGCGCUUCCAGAGAUACCGUCUGGUCCCAUAUGGAAACCACUCCUACUUAGAGUCACUGACAGACAAGUCCAAGGAACUUCCUCUGUACUGCUCGGGUGGCCUGAGGUUCUUCUGGGACAAUAAAUUCGACCAUGCCAUGGUGGCCUUCCUGGAUUGCGUCCAGCAGUUCAAAGAGGAGGUGGAAAAAGGAGACACUGGCUUCUGCCUUCCCUACAGGAUGGACGUGGAGAAGGGAAAGAUCGAGGACACAGGCGGCAGCGGCGGCUCCUACUCCAUCAAAACCCAGUUCAACUCUGAGGAGCAGUGGACCAAGGCGCUCAAGUUCAUGCUCACCAACCUGAAGUGGGGACUGGCCUGGGUCACCUCACAGUUCUACAACAGAUAGACUCUGUGGACAGUUCUUUGUGACACUGCGUGAUCACAUGACCCCCUCUGAUGAAUGGAUUACGUGUGAAUCUUAUUGCUUGGCCAAAGGAAAAGAAAUGGUUACGUGUGCAUCAUUUUGAACGUCAGUACAAAAGAAGCAUCUAGAUCUUUAGUCCAGAUUGUCUGUUGUUACAUGUUACAGUGAGGGGACAGUUUGUAUCUGUUCUGCUGCAGAGUGGAGUUUAUAAAGUGCGGGCCCACUUUGGAAGCAGCUAAGACGUCCCAGGUUGUAGUCACGUCCCAUAAAGGAGGCAGGGUGAGAUAACUACCUGUGCUUCUUUUUCUUUUUAUCGUCUGCUUCACUAAUUUAUAUCUGGCUUUUUUCCUGAAGAGCUGACGUUGCAUUAAGACGACGUCACGCUUCCUUCAAGACUAGAAUGUAAUUUAAAAGAACCCUUCACCAAAUUCACUUCUAACCACUUUAUCAAGUUCAAGGUUUCCUUGCUCUCCUGUUGCACUGCACACCUUUGUAAUCACUGUGUAACUUUCUCCACAGUGAGAGAAAAAGUUUGUCAAAGUCCCGAUUAUAUAAGCUGUAAGAGUAUGAUGUGAUCAUUGCGGUCAAGGUCGGGUUUUUAAUAGAUGAUCACUGUUUAGUAUUCAACUAAAGUGUCAGUAUUUCAUUAACCUCUGAUGUCGUUAUCACGUUCGCCAGUUACACACGUACGUUGAAGGCAGACUGAUGUGUUUGGAGGUUCACUGAUACAGCUCCUUUGUGUUCAUCCUGUGCACCAUCACAUUGUUUUACAUAUGAUGAAUAAUUUUAACAGUGGGAUUUGAGUUAAUAAAACAUUUCAUGCUGUGAAAAAA